AUGUCUGUUAUUGCCAGGAGGGGCCAUGGCUUAGAUAGAGAUUCCUACGAGAGAGAGAGAGAUGCAUUGAAGGAAAUACAUGAUAAAUUAGACACCAUUAAUUCUAAAUUUGAAGCACUUAAUAGCAACAUAGCGAUUUCGCAGAAUGUUACUUCCCUUCUCUGCAAAAGAGUAAGGGAACUUAAAAAAAGAUGCGGUGUGUCAGAACAGUAUUCCAGGCGUGAAUGUUUGGAGUUAGUGGGUAUUCCGGAAUCUGUUUCCCAUGAUUUACUUGAAGAUAAAGUUUUAGACAUUUUCAGUUCAAUAAAUGUAAAUAUUCAAAGUGUGAACGUAGAACCCUGUCACCGCAUCAAACUAGGUCGUACGAUUGUUAAAUUGUCUAGCCGUAAGGAUGUGCAAUCCAUACUUUCUAAUAAAAAAAAACUUAAAGAUAUUGAUUCAACAAAGUUUGGUUUUGAUGGCGGUACCAAAUUAUAUAUAAAUGAAAGUUUGUGUGGGAUGUACCGUGGUCUCUGGUCGAGAUGUAAAAAACUUUACAAUAACGGUGAUAUCUCUGGCUUUUGGACUUCAAAUGGAACAGUGAAGGUUAAAAUUAAUGAAGAUGGCAUCGUAAAUUCAAUUUUACAUGAUACUGAUUUACAAGAAUUGUUUCCAAAUAUUAAUAUUAGUGAACUUCUUGAUUGAUUUUUUUUUCAUGUUUUAUUUGUCGAGUUUCGCGCCAUUUUUGUUCUCUGUUCUUUGUUUGGAUAAAAAGGCAUAUUUUUAUUUUUUUUUCCCGCCGCCUUUUCCAUAUAUAUAUUUAUAGUAUUAUAGUAUGUUGUGCCUACCGAGAUCAUACUUUAUCUUAUGAUCGGUGUACCGUAAAUUUAGUUGUUAUUAUGAAUCCUAAACAUGGCUGUCCUUUAUGGGACGUUCCAGCAUAUAUAUUUUCCAAUUUAAUUUGGUUUGUUUCUUAUAGCCUAACAUUUGUUUCAUCCGAUAGAUAAUUCUGAUAUAUAUUGCACAUUGUUGCUGUCUCAUGUGGUGUAUGUAUCGAUUGAACUGAAUUCCCAAAAGGGGGUGGGUUCUCUCGCCUCCCUGUUGGAUAUUAUACAUCCCAACAUCAUUUCCUGUUAUAAACUUUUAAACUGUUGUUUUAUUUGUUUAUUUUAGCAACUGGCUAGUUCUGCUUUUAGUGUUUUUGAGUUUUACUGACUCUGCCUUUCCUCCUCUCGUUUGUUGUUUAGGGAAGGGGAAAGCCUAUAGAGUCUGUUAAAUAAACUCUUGUAUAUACUAUAGUUUUUUGUUUUAUGUCAUUUUUGUUUUCUCUCUAUAUUUAUGAUAAAUUAUCCGUGUGGAAUAUGUGGGAAGUCUGUAAACUGUAAUCAAAAGGCAAUUCAGUGUGAUAUUUGUGAUUUCUGGAUUCAUAUUAAAUGUGAUGGUCUCAACGUCAAGGAUUAUGAAUCUCUUCAAAAUUCUACCCAAAAAUGGUUUUGCUGUGAAUGUAAUAAUAAAAUUCUCCCCUUUGGCAUAAAAGCUCCCCCUCUAGUCUACGACAAGUCACUUUCUUCCCUUGAAAUCAAAACAUUUCUUACAAAGCUUAAUACUCUUAAAAUCAAUGACAUCCCUGAAAUCAUGGGUGGUGUCAACUGCAAAUAUUAUGAUCCAAAUGAAUUCACUGACCUUCAAGUUACUUCUCAUAAAUUCUCCCUUUUCCAUAUGAAUAUUGCAUCUCUGUCAAAACAUCUUGAUGAAUUGAAGGUUCUAUUACAACAACUUGGGCAUGACUUCAGUAUUAUUGGUAUCACUGAAACUAAAUUCCAGAUUAAUGUCCCUCCUAUUAAUUGUGAUCUACCUGGUUACUCCUUCACACACACGCCUACUGAAGGUGAAAAAAGUGGUGCUCUGUUGUAUGUUUCUAAUCACUUACAAUUUAUUGAACGUCUUGAUCUUGAUACACUUGCAUACAAAAGCAGUGAACUUGAAUCUAAAUUCAUUGAAAUUAUACAGGCUAAAGAUAAAAACAUGAUUGUAGGAUGCAUUUAUAGACACCCCUCAAUGUCUGUUGAUGAGUUUUCAACAACCAAUUUUUAAUGCCUCUUCUUGAGAAAGCGUCUUCUGAAAAUAAGCCAAUCUUUCUCCUUGGUGAUUUUAAUAUUGACCUUCUAAUGUCCGAAUCGGUUAAAGAAGUUUCUGAUUAUAUUAAUAUUACCUCCCAGUUUAAUUUAAUGCCUCAUAUAAUUUUGCCCACAAGAGUCACUGAAUCUACCAGAACAAUUAUAGAUAAUAUUUAUUUUAACUCUGCCAAGUGGGAUACUUUGUCUGGUAAUAUUAUUAAUUCAAUAUCUGAUCAUUUCCCCCAGUUCUUGGUGUUAAGAGAUUUGUCUGCUGUCAAUCUGGCUCAUGUAUCUAAUGAUAUUUAUGCUCGUGACUGGAAAAAAUUCAGUCAUGAUGCCUUUCGCACUGAACUACAAUAUACGGAUUGGGAUGCUAUACUUCAACCAAGCACAGAUGAUCCCAAUGUAUCAUUUGAUAAUUUUUACAACAGUUUCAACAGUCUUUUGGAUAAAUACGCUCCAUUAAAAACGACUUGUAAUAAAAAAA